GUGCGUAUGCCUGGGUAACAGUCAAUUAUUUGAAGAAGAACAUUGGUAAGCCUGCGGCCCAGACAUCAGGUGUGCUGGACCUGGGUGGAGGUUCAACCCAGAUCGCUUUCGCCGCCACUGACGAGGAAGGUAAUCACUAUAUGCUCAAUUAUGUAAUGUAA